AUGAUUGAAGGCACUCGACGUCGCUUUCUAUACCACCUAAACUCGCGCUGGAUCUACGGCAAGAUUCCACUCCUUCACGCCGCCGUAUUCCUCCUCCAGAUGGCCGCCGUUUCUCUCUUGACGAGGAAAUUUAAUUCCUACUAUGCACAGCGACCAGUCCUUACUACUAUGAUCACCAACGCCGUGUUGGGAGGCAUAGCGGACACAGUAGCACAGACGUUGACCGCGGUGCGGCAGCGUGCAGUGCGCAAGGGCGACAAAGAUGAUUUCCUAGCGAUCGAGAUUCAUGAAUUGGACAGGCGGAACCCUUUAUCAGACCACGACCUCAUCCCCGACUCGAAGUUGCUACCUCCGCCAUUUGACUUUGAGCGUCUGACACGAUUCAUGUCAUAUGGUUUUUUAAUGGCACCUAUACAACACAAGUGGUUCGGGUUCCUCACGAGGACGUUUCCCAUCACCAAGACCUCUGCCAUGGUUCCCGCAUUGAAGCGCAUGGCUCUAGACCAGCUGAUGUUCGCUCCAGUCGGUCUGGCCUGUUUCUUCACCUUUAUGACUGUUGCAGAGGGCGGUGGUAAGCGUGCCGUCGCUCGCAAGUUUCAGGACAUUUAUAUCCCGUCUCUGAAAGCCAACUACCUGGUCUGGCCCGCAGUGCAGAUCGUCAACUUCCGCGUUAUGCCUGUUCAGCUCCAAAUUCCCUUUGUCUCCACCAUUGGUAUCGCUUGGACCGCUUACCUCUCCCUCACUAACUCGGCUGAGGAGGCUUAA